AUGGCUGUCUCUAAUUAUAAAGGCCAUUUCGUUUAUAACGAAGAGGGAAUAUUCAGUGAUGAAGAGUUCGAAGUAAAUCACAACGUCAUCCUACCAAAAUUACAUAUUCCUGUGCCGAACAUUUCUGCUAAGGAUUUGACUAUAAUUAAUAAACGUGACUACAAUAACGCGUUCCUGAAUGCUUGUCAAGCAGCAGAUUGGGACAAUCGCGGAAAUAAACGUCUGCUAACCAUCAUGGACACGUAUAAUUUACGGCCUAUUGCAUUGAUCAACGAUGAUGUCGAAUACAAUCCACUUACACACGAGAAAAAUUUACAUGCUUUCAAAAAGGACAGAAUGAAAGUGUACCCCUUAGUUCCGAAACAAAGCCCAUUUGAAGAGGCAAAAACGGUCCAGACAGCACCCAUAUCCCUUUACAGUGCCAUCAGUACUGGAUCACCUUAUUUGCGACAACACAUCAUGAAUUACACCUAUAUUGAACUUACAAACGAUAUGCCUAUGUUUUUAAAUCAAGAUUACUCAAUCCACAAAAGUGUGAGGUAUGCUUGCAGCCGAGCUUUGGCAGGAUCGAUCUUAUUAAAUGAAUCUACUGGGAAAGCGCUGCUUGUGAACUGUGUCGAGGUGUUUGGUCGAGGAAGAACUUUGGGUGCUCAUCGAUAA